AUGCAGAAAAUUCUGGAUCAAGUACAUUUGUCACACCCUAUGGACACAUGGACACUCAGAUAUGUGUCCUACGGACACAUAGUCGCUCAAGGUAAAGAUAUACCCAACGUUGUUGCCUUAAUUAAAUCUAUUGAAACAAGUGUAACUAAUGUCAUAAUUUCUGUCGUGAAUGAGACACAGAUAAAGGACAUAGACAAACUAUUAUCUGCAAUUUCUGAUCAAGAAAAGAGCAUUCCCGAAACUGAAAAUUCAUUAGGUUACCUGAAACAAAAUGAACCCAAAGAGGAUUUAUUUGAGAAAGUUGACUUAAUAAUCAUUAAGAAGGUAAAUGAUAAUGAUAAAACUGUAACUCAACUCCUAUAG